AUGAAAUCACAAGAAUGGCUUGAGAAUGGAGGGGCUAAGGGGCUUAGUUCGCUGCAGUUAGAAGACUUCCUCGACACUGGUCGAGGUGUCAAAACAUUACGGUCUCUCAAAUCUAAUGAUUUAAUUCUUACAAUACCGGGAUCCUUUCUUUGGACAGUAGAUGCAGCAAUUGAUGACCCUAUAUUAGGGCCUGUUAUAAGCUCCGUGAAGCCACCAUUGUCGACGGAGGAUAUACUAGCAGUAUUUCUUCUUUUUGUAAAGUCACAGGAUAUAGGAUACGAAGGAAGGAAAGCACACACAGAAUUAUUACCAAAAAACUAUACAACUAGUGUGUUCUUUGAUGACGAGGAAAUUGAAAUAUGCUCUGGUUCGUCACUUUAUCUACUCACUCAACAAUUGAAACAGCAAAUCCAAAGUGAUUAUCUUCAGCUACUUAAUAACUUAUUCUCUAAGCAUCUGGACUUGUUUCCUUUGAAUAAAUUUACAAAAAAUGAUUAUAUGUGGGCUCUUUGCACCAUCUGGAGCCGUGCCAUGGAUUUUCAAUUACCUGAUAAGCAAUUUCGAUGCAUCGCGCCUUUUGCUGAUAUGUUUAAUCAUUCACUUAAUGUACAACUUUGUCAUAUUUACGAUCCCCAGUCGGGUAAUCUACAAGUGUUAGCCGGAAAGGAUUAUUCAUCAGGAGAACAGGUCUUUAUAAACUACGGCGCCGUUCCCAAUAACAGACUUCUUCGCCUCUACGGUUUCGUCCUUCCUGACAAUCCACACGACUCUUAUGAUCUUGUGCUUACUACACACCCAUUAGCACCUCUAUACACUCAAAAGGUUGCCCUUUUUGCAUUGGCUGGUUUGCAAGUCAAUUCCACCUUCUCCCUCAAAUUCUCUGACCCUUUGCCGUCUGACGUGCUUCGAUACUUACGAAUUCAGCGUCUGUCAUCUUCGGAAAUUUCCACAACGGCUGCAAAGUGUGGAGCAAAAGACAUGAUCAGUGCUCGUAAUGAAUUAGAGAUUUUGAAUGCUUUGAUUGAAGCAUGUGAGGGCAUACUGGAUGGUUUUGGAUCCCCUCUUGAAGAACUCCAAAGAAAAAUUGCUUCAGGUGAAUAUCAGGAAGGAAGUAACUCUUGGGCAGCGGCACACGUCAGUGUUGGCGAGCAGAAAAUUUUGAAAUUGACAUUACAAAAAGCAAAGAGUUUGCGGAGCUGCUUGCCAAGCCUCAAUUAUGACGUAAUUGG